AUGCUUCAGUCCAUGUCUGCCGCCGACGACCGCAAGCGGUCUCUCGUCACUGGCGCGGAAGAUGGACCGAGGAAGCGUUUGCAUUCGGACGAAACCGCUUCCAGGUCGGCAGCGACACCUGCCAACGACGAUGAGGACGAAGAGACGCUGCAUCCAGCGUACGCUGGCCUCGAGGCCUUCCGAAAGGAGGCCAUCUACCGCAAGCUUCUCGAGGCCAGGAGAGACUUGAUACGAAUCGAGCGCAAAGCGAGCACUUUUCAAGAUGACCUCGCCGUGUCGGAACAGCGCGCUGCCGUGCUUCAGCGAUUCUGGAACUUGCUCCUCACCGAUCUCGCCGCCCGCCUCGCCGUCCAGGAUCAAGAUGCCUUCGCCUCCCUUUCCUCUUCCGAUUCCCAAUCAGAUCUUGCAGGUAUGGAGAAGCAGUUGCAGGAGCAAUCGAAAGCGAUUCUGCACUCCCUCUCCCAGCAGGGCGACGUCAAUGUCGUUGAGCUUCAGCAAAAGUUCCACGAUCUCGCAGACGAAGCCUCACGCCACAAGCAAGACCUCUUCCUUACCCAGUCCAAGCUGCAGCGUGCCGAAGACGCUCUCGCUGAUGUCACCCAAAAGCUCUCUCAAGUCGAACACGAGUACGUUCGAUAUCAGAGCAACCUCCUUCGCGCUACAGAAGGCAAGGCGACCGUCCCCGCUGGCACCACUGUGACAGCGGCGGAGCCAGCGCCAGCAGCCGAACCCGCCAACACCGUUACUGUCAAGACAGAAGCGGGCUCCGCACCCGGCCCUGAAGCCGCAGCGCCAGAGACAACUGCUGCUCUCCAGAAGGCGCUCGAUGACCUCGAAAGCGCGCGGCAGAAUGUAGAGCUGACACGGCGAGAAAGCGAUUCGCGCUACGCCGAGAUUCAGACUCUGAACGAAGAGCUCAGAGCACACAAGUUCAAGCUGCACGAGACGGAGCGCAAGCUGAUCACACUACCGGAAGAGGUACUGCUCAGCUCCGCCCUCUACCGCGAGUUGCAGACGGCGUUGCGGCAGGCCCAGCACGACCUGCAAGCCAGCAAAGAGGCGACGCAGGCGCUCGAGACCGAGGCUGCGGCGCUGCGAGAGGAUCGCGGCGCCUUCCAGCAGGCUGUCGAGGCGGAAGCGACCACGCGAUCUGAAGACCUCGAGAGGUUGGUCAAGGCGAAAGAAGCCGACGUCACACGACUGCGCAGCCAGCGAGACGAACUCAAUGCCGAGCUCACCGAGCGUCGGUCGCGCGAGCAGGUCAAAUUCACGCAGAUCGAAGAGAUGAAGGCGCUGCUCAAUAGCAAAGAGGAGCGCUUGACGCUGCUGAGCAGCCAGGUGCGACGAUUGCGUAUGACGGUCGCCGCGUUCCAAGGUCAGACUGUCGGCGUUUCCGCGCUAGCCAAGGCCGACUCGGAAGAGGAUCAGUUCGAACAGCUGAGUCGCACAGCGCAGGAGGCACAGACGCGCAUCGCCGAGCUGGAGAAGCGUCUGGGAUCCACCGGCGAGGCCGCCGCUCCCAAUGGCAGCGAGGCCAAGGACGCUGGUCAGGACAGCUCCGACGCGGGUCUGCGCGCCGAGAACGAGCGAUUGCGGUUGUCGCUACAGGCCGCCGAAGCGUCGAGCAAGGCUGUCGACGACGAGCUGGAGAAGAUCAGCGCAGCCUACGCCGAUUUGGAGAGGCAAGCGUCUGUCAAGGUGACGGACGUGAGCCGACUGGAGGAAAAAGCACUGCGAUGGGUCACGGAAAAGUCCAAGGCGGACAACAAGUACUUCUCAGCGAUGCGAGCCAAGGAUGCAGUGGAUCAGGAGCUGCGCUCCGCUAAGCAGGUGCACGAGCGACAGCAAAAGACGAUCGAGAUGUUUACCGAGGUGGAGCGCAACUACACAGCGCAGCUGGGACUGCACGAAAAGGAGGUGACGACGUUCAAAAAGGUGGUCGACGUGCACGCACAGCGCAUUGACACGCUCCAGCGCAACCUCGAGUUGGCCGAGUCGCGCCUUGCCGAGUCGGUCCGCACCAAAGACGCCGCCAGCGAGUCGGCCAAGGAGCUAAUCAACACAGCGAGCGUCGAGAAGGACCAACGGAAGCGAGCGGACGAGCGCGUGGCUCGACUCGAGAAGGAUCUCGAGAGCGCAAAACGCCAGUUGGCGAGAGCCGCUGCGUCGGCGGCCAAGAACAAGGGCCGUGCGGACGCGGGCGACGGCGGAAGCGAGAGAGACCACCUCAACUCGCUGCUGCAGUGCUCGUCGUGCAAGGAGAGGUACCGCGACCGCAUCCUGGUCAAGUGCUUCCACACGUUCUGUCAGGUGUGCAUCGACUCGCGCGUGCAGACCCGCCAGCGCAAGUGCCCGCACUGCGCGCUUGCGUUUGCCGUGAGCGAUGUCCAGCCUCUAUACCUGCAGUGA